AUGUUCGGGAUAACGCUGACCAAAUGCAAAAUUUAUUUCAAUAAUAUAUACUCGACAGUGUCGUUGGAAGAAAAGCUGGGGAGGGGAACGUAUGGAGAUGUGUACAAAGGGAAGGUGAUAAAGUAUAGUAAUAAUAAUGAUUUGUAUGAGAACACAAACUAUUUGCCGUAUGACUAUUAUACAGACGAAUUUGUAUUUUUUCGAAAAAAUGUAUAUGCAAUAAAAUUUUUUAGAGAUGAUUUAAGAACAAUAAAUGAUGAAGGAAUAAGUUGUACAACAUUAAGAGAAUUGAUUUGUUUAAAAAAUAUAGGUCGUCAUCCAAAUAUAUUACGAUUAAUUGAUGUUACUAUAGAUAGACAGAAAUGUAUAAGUGAAUAUAUAAAUAGACAGAUAUUACAGCAUUAUACUUCUAAUUACCAUUUGCAAGCUAAAUUAGAUAUGACUCCAUUAUCUGCUCAUCAAAAAUAUAUAUUUGCUGCUUAUGAAUAUUGCGAUGGAGGAGAUUUAAAAAAAUUAAUUCAAAGGACAAAGAUUAGUGAAGACCAAGCGGGCUUAAAUUUAAAAGAAGCAAAAUGGCUAUCUUUUCAAUUACUAAACGGAUUAGCAUAUUUACAUAAUAAUAAAAUGUGCCAUCGAGAUUUAAAACCAGAAAAUGUAAUGUUACAACAAACAGCUAAUAAUAAAUAUUUACUAAAAAUUGGUGAUUUAGGUUUAUGUAGAGAAUUAAAAAAUGAUGGAGAUAUGACUCCAACUGUUUGUACAAUUUAUUAUAGACCUCUAGAAGUUUUGUUAUCCAAAUUUGAAAUAUCAAAAAAUAAAAAAAAUAAAAGAAAAAAAGAAAAAGAAGAGGACUAUUAUAAUAAUAAAGAUUUUCAAUAUGGAUUAAAUGUAGACAUAUGGUCAGCUGCUUGUAUUAUAUGCGAAUUAAUUAUUGGAAAACCAUUAUUUAGAGGAGUUACAGAAUUUGAUCUUAUAAUACGAAUUGUCAAUUCGUUAGGAAAACCUAAUAAUGAUGAAUUGGAAUUUUUUAGUGACUCCCGUUUUUAUCCUUUAAAAGCUGAUUUUUUUAAUGUUAAUAUUAAAAAUAAAAAAGAUGCAUUAAAUGUAAUUACAAAUGGUAGAAUUGAUGAAUUAGGUAUUGAUCUACUAGUCAAAAUGUUAAAAUAUAAUCCUAAUGAUAGAAUUACAGCUGCUGAUGCACUUUCCCAUCCAUGGUUUUCAGACAUACGUUUCGAUAAUUUAGAUGGAAUAGGGGUUUAUAACUGGUAUGUACAUUGUUUGAAAUAUUACAUAGGUAUUAAGACAUUUAGAGAAAUUGAACAAAAGAAAAAAAAGCUACUAACAACUACUAUGAUUUCCCAUUUUUUAUGUAAAUCAAAUGAUAAAUAUGCAAAAAUUAUUUUCAAGUUAAUUAAUGAUACCUUUAAAAAUUUGGGAGGAUAUAAAAAAAGUGGUAGGAGAUCCUUUGCCAUCUUUUCCGAUAGAUAUGCAAAUGAUGAAAUGAAUUCCAAUGGAUUCAUAAAAAGAGCUAGUAUAAAAGUUUUAAACGAUAUGAAGGAAAAAAAUGGAAUGGAUACAAAAGAAGACCUUUCUUCUUUCUAUGAAGAUUCGACACAUUACAUGACUCCUCCUACUGCUUCUGCCAAAAGAAGGAAAUAUAACAGAUCAAGUUAUCACGUUAUCAAUCCAGAUCACUCCUAUGAAUUCGCUAAAAAUAUGCGAAUCAAACGGAACCUAUCAAUACCUGACUUUUCCACUCCUGACAGGAAAAAGCAGCGGAAAAAAGACUUCAAGUCGUCCACCACGACCAACAAGAGCAUUGUACAGGACGUCCCCUCCUUCCAGGGCUUCACCUGA